AGCCAGAUAGCAGUCAGGGCUAGCAGGCUCGACUGAGCAGCUAUAAGGGGGAGGGAGCCUGCGGGAAAGGGGACGGAGCUGCCUGGAGAGGAGGAUCCUGGUUCGUUCCAGCCGCCCCGCUCCGUCUGCACUGGGGACGCUCAGAGGGCUGCUGCGCUGGGGCUGUUAUGCCUAGAGGCCUCAAACAGGUUGCAGCCUGACUGUGCUAGACACCCUGCAAACAGUAGAUACCAAGGAACUAAUGAUCUGAAAGAGGCUUCCACUUAUAAGGAGCAUCUUAAUUUCCCGUGUACAACAGAAGACCCCUGUUUACUUGGCAUAGGGUUUUACUGGGAUCAGCAGGGCCAAGAUCUCUGACUUCCUUAAUAUAAGUGCCUAGCAACCAAGAUAUUUGGAGUGGCCAUGUGAAAAUCAAACUGGAUAUUUUUUAAACAGUGCAUGAGUUCUAGAAUACAGAGAGGCAGGGAAGGAUGGGCUUGUGAUUAAGGCACUGGACUGGGAGAUGGGGGUUCAGCUGCUGCUCUUCUGCAGACUUCCUGUGUGAUGGAGGGUCCAUGUGAAUCCACCCUUUGCCUCUACCAGAAUCUCAUCCUCUGAAGCCAUCACCAGUGUGUGGAGCCUGCCCCACACCCAUCACCUACCAAACCACGGCCUUUACCUGUGUCUUCCGCUGUUUCCCGUGCGACCCUUCUUGUGGGAGCGCCUCCUGGGCUACCCCAGAGUUUACGCAGCAUUCAGUGGCUCCAAUGGUGAAGAUGACGAGGUCCAAGACUUUCCAGGCAUAUCUGCCUUCAUGCCACAGAACCUAUAGCUGCAUUCACUGCAGGGCUCAUCUUGCCAAUCACGAUGAACUCAUUUCCAAGUCCUUUCAAGGAAGCCAAGGGCGAGCAUACCUCUUCAAUUCAGUAGUUAAUGUGGGUUGCGGCCCCGCAGAGGAGCGGGUGUUACUAACAGGAUUACACGCAGUUGCAGACAUUUAUUGUGAAAACUGCAAAACCACACUGGGCUGGAAAUAUGAACAUGCUUUUGAGAGCAGCCAGAAGUAUAAAGAAGGCAAAUACAUCAUUGAACUAGCUCACAUGAUCAAGGAUAAUGGCUGGGAUUGAAUGGGAAGAGCCCAGCCAAACCAGCGUGUAAGAGAAUGCCAUCCAACAGAACAUUAUAUCCAAGAGUGAGAGAGUGACCGAACGCUUGGUUCCAUGCAUUUAGAGGCUCUGCCAUUUGGGAGCAUCUUCACACCCUUCUCCAUCUUUAUUGGUUAGCAGAGUUGAGAGGAUUUCAAAAUCACAUUUGCUGGACCACGAACAAAGUGGAAACUGACCAAAGGGGACGGAAUUCAGUUGACCUAGUCAAAAGCAGGGCUUUGGAGCUGUGCUCCGGCUCCGCUCCAGCUCCAGGCAAAAACCUGCAGCUCCACUGCUCCGCGCUCCCGCUCCGGGCUCUGCUCCAAAGCCCUGGUCAAAAAGAGCUGACCCACCUCAGAGAGAAUCCACAUUUCAGGUGGGGAACGGAGGCACAGAGAAAUUAAGUAACUGACUUAAAGUCAAGUGGAACAUCUAUGGCAGAG